CCAAAACCACUACAUGACAACGACCAUGAACAAUCGCCAGAGAACGACUUGCAGCCCCCUUCUGAAGCGACGGCAUCCCCCACGCCUACCUCAGACACGGAGAAGGCUGAAGCCCCCAUGGAGGAGAUCAUCAUCCCUGACGGGGGACUACGUGCAUGGAUGUCGGUGCUCGGAGGAUGGAUUAUAUCAUUUUGCACGUUCGGAUUCGCUAGCUCGUUUGGCGUAUUCGAGGACUACUACGUCCUCUCGGGCGCAUCCACGUCAUCGAAUAUCAGUUGGAUUGGAUCAAUACAGCUGUUCCUGCUGUUCUUCAUGGGCCUGCCUGCUGGUAAGCUCUUCGACGAAGGCUACUUUCAUAUCACGACCGCGAUCGGGAGCACAAUCCUCGUCUUCGCGAUGAUGAUGCUGUCACUCGCGGACCCCACCAAGUAUUACCAGCUGCUGCUCGCACAGGGCUUCGCAGCAGGCCUCGGCGGUGGGCUCAUCCUUGUGCCCGCGCUAUCUGUCCAGUCGCACCACUGGCGCAAGCGCCGGUCUCUCGCCAUGGGCAUCGUCUUCACCGGCUCGUCAUGCGGCGGGCUGGUGUACCCGAUCAUGCUCAACCAGCUGUUCUAUCACCCCUCGGUAGGCUUCCACUGGGGUGUUCGCGCCGCUGCGUUCAUGACGCUCGGCCUGGUGGUGAUCGCGAAUUUUGCGCUAACCACGCGCCUGCCGUUCGCGCGCGAGCGGCGCAAAAGACAAGCGGACGGCGCUGAAGCAGGCCCCAAGCCUAGUGUAGGGGCUAUUCUCAGGGAUCCGCCGUUCAUGGUGUCCUGCAUGGGCGCCUUCCUCGGGUUGUGGGGAGUCUUCCUUCCAUACUUCUACCUACAAUUAUUCAUAAGCGUACACGGACUCUCUCAAACUCUCGCAUUCUACUCUAUUGCCAUCAUCAACGCCGCGUCCGUCAUCGGGCGGACGAUCCCCAACGCGAUCGCUGAUCGCGUCGGGAACUUCACCACGCUCGUGCCCAUCUGGGCGUGCACGAGCGCCCUCGUGUUUGUCAUGUUCGCGGCGACGAACACCGGCGCUGUGAUCGUCUUCGCGAUCCUGUAUGGCGCGUUUUCUGGAGCCUUCAUAUCUCUCCUGCCGCCCACUCUAGCGUCCAUGUCGCGUAGCCCGGCCGAGAUCGGAAUCCGAAUCGGAUUCGGCUACUGCUUCGUCUCGUUUGCGAUGUUAACCGGCACGCCGAUUGCUGGCGCACUGCUGGGGAGCGAGAAUAGAUGGGACAGGGCGAUCAUCUUCAGUGGGGUGGUGAUGUUGGCUGGCUCGGCCUUGCUGGGCGUGGCAAGACACAUGCUUGUCAGGCGUAAAGGUACAUGGCGGACGUAAAGUGGCGCAGUAUGAUGCGAGGUAGUGUGGCCGCUACAGCAGGAGAGAGAGGUUUAGGUGUCAUGAAAAAAGCAUGCCAUUCAUGAUUAAUAAUGAACGUGCACGGACUGGCAACCGUAAAUGCGUGCAUGGACUGUUAUAGUACCGCUUGUAAUUUUGGAGGC